AUGACAUCAGACGUGUCUUCAGCUACACCUUCUGUGAAUCCCGAUGGGAGAUGCUGCGAUUUUUAUCUUCCACGGAAGAAGAGAUUCUGCCGAACAGAGAAACGUAUUGGCAGUCGUUUUUGCUACACACAUGAUAUACCGGUCUCUUUAUCGGAUCUACAAGAAAAAACAACGACUGAAGUGGAGGGGAAUAGUUCGACCGAUAAUAAUAAUAAUAAUAAUAAUAAUAAUAAUAAUAAUAAUAAUAAUAAUAAUAAAGAAGAAGAACACAAACAGCAAAUAGCAUCUCAACAAGGCGUACGUGUACCGUGUCCUAUUAACCCUAAUCACACCGUCUAUGCGAAUAGACUACAGCAUCAUGUAAAGGUUUGCCCAGACUUGCGUUUUCUCCCUCAUACAGUUCCAUACUAUAAAGAGGAUUUGCAUGCAUUUCGUGGACAAAUGUAUUGCCGUGAUGAGAACACAGAAUCAGAGCGAUUUACGCAUCAUCACUUGGACGCUGCGACACUUGAGAGUCUCAUCGAUCGUGUGCGGGAUUGUUAUAAUAAUGUGAUUAAACCGCAGAUGGUGAUUCUCUCAGAGGAGCCACAGUGUAUGAUGAACACCCACACAAAUGAGAAUACACGCCUACCAUCCACAAAACACAGUCCACAACACCGAGCUCUCCUUCGAUGUCUUGCAAUUGCGAUGAAUGGUUUCUUUACAUCUAAACAACAACAACAAGAAGGAGAAAAAGAAGAGACAAAGAGUGGUAGUGGUGAAGUUGUGGGGUUUUUGGAAUUGGGUGCCGGUAAAGGUGGACUUGCACUUGCCCUACAGCAAUCACUUAUGGCCACCGCAAUGAAUAAAGAAGAUAAGAAAAGUUUAACCACUAACGUAGAUAAAGAAGAAGAAGAAACAGGAAAUGUGAAUGAUAUUGAAAGUGUACUACUACCUGGGAAAGUUUCCGCUUCUCCUCGAAUUGUAGUUGUGGAUAUGGGUACAUUCCGGCGUAAGGGGGAUGCCUGUGUUCGUCGCAGCCGUAUACCUCUUGUGCGGUUGCGUUUAAAUAUAAAAGAUCUUCAUCUUGCGAAAGCAUUACGUGAUCCUUGUAUUCGUAAACGUGUACGAGAUGAUGUAAAGGAUGAUGACACCUCUAAUAAUGUUGUUUCUACUAAUACUAUUUCUACAAUUACUACUACUAAUACUACUACUAUUGUUGAUGGUAAUUCUACAGUGGAGGAUCAAGACGAUAAUGUUCCCCAGCAGCAGCAGGAGGAGGAGGACAUUUCAUCUACUUCACUCGAACGUUGGGUGGCAUUAGGCAAACACCUCUGCGGUGCCUGUACAGACUUUGCACUUUCCUCCAUUACUUCCCCUGAUCUCAACACCGUUGGAAACGCUUCCUUCAUUGCAGUUGUGUUAGCCACCUGCUGUCACCAUAGAUGUGAACUAAAACACCUCAACCCGUUAACAUCUCUAUCAGAUAAUAAUGAUAAUUCUCAUUCUUUACUGCGUUUGCCAGGAACUGAAUAUGUUGUAUCUGCUAAGGAGUUUGCUGCCAUGACUUCCAUGUCAUCUUGGGCUGUUAGCGGUGAUUUUGUAAAUAAUGAAAAACGUCUCAUAGGCCUUUAUUGCAAACGCGUCAUUGACGCUCUUCGUGUGGAGUAUUUAAAGAAUCAGGGAUUUCGAUCUGCAUACCUAUGUGAGUACGUUAACAGAAGUAUUACAGAGGAAAAUGUCUGCAUAAUUGCUUUUCGUUAG